AUGGAUAUUGCAUUCAGCACCGUCGAACUUAAAGAUGAUACCAUCAUCGUGGUACUAGGCGCAUCGGGCGAUCUGGCAAAGAAGAAGACCUUCCCUGCGCUCUUUGGCCUUUUCCGCAACAAAUUCCUCCCCAAGGACAUCCAGAUCGUCGGAUAUGCGCGCACAAAGAUGGACCACGAUGAAUACCUCAAGCGCGUUCGCUCGUACAUCAAGAUCCCCACAAAGGAGAUUGAGGAUCAAUUAGAUCAGUUCUGCAAGAUGUGCACCUAUGUUUCCGGCCAGUACGAUCAAGAUGAUUCCUUCAUCAACCUGAACAAGCACCUUGACGAGAUCGAGGACAAGCGCCAAUCGAAGGAGCAAAACCGCGUCUUCUACAUGGCACUGCCUCCCAGUGUCUUCAUUACCGUGUCCGAGCAGCUGAAGCGCAACUGCUACCCCAGAAGCGGUCUCGCCCGCAUUAUUGUCGAGAAGCCAUUCGGUAAGGAUCUACAGAGCUCGCGCGACCUCCAGAAGGCUUUGGAGCCUAACUGGAAGGAGGAUGAGAUCUUCCGUAUCGAUCACUACCUCGGUAAGGAGAUGGUCAAGAACAUCCUAAUUCUGCGGUUCGGCAACGAGUUCUUCAACGCCACAUGGAACCGUCACCACAUCGAUAACGUUCAGAUUACAUUCAAGGAGCCUUUCGGCACUGAGGGCCGUGGAGGCUACUUCGAUGAGUUCGGUAUUAUCCGUGAUGUUAUGCAGAACCACCUUCUGCAGGUCCUCACAUUGCUCGCCAUGGAGCGCCCUAUUUCCUUCUCCUCCGAGGAUAUCCGUGACGAGAAGGUCCGUGUUCUCCGCGCUAUGGAUCCUAUUGAGCCCAAGAACGUCAUUAUCGGCCAGUACGGCCGCUCCCUCGAUGGCAGCAAGCCCGGCUACCUGGAGGACGAUACUGUGCCCAAGGAGUCGCGUUGCCCGACUUUCUGCGCCAUGGUUGCAUACAUUAAGAACGAGCGUUGGGACGGUGUGCCCUUCAUCCUCAAGGCUGGAAAGGCCCUGAACGAGCAGAAGACUGAGGUCCGCAUCCAGUUCAAGGAUGUCACUUCCGGUAUCUUCAAGGACAUUCCCCGUAACGAGCUUGUCAUCCGUGUCCAGCCCAACGAGUCUGUCUAUAUCAAGAUGAACUCCAAGCUGCCCGGUCUCUCCAUGCAGACGGUGGUUACCGAGCUGGACUUGACCUACCGCCGCCGCUUCUCCGACCUCAAGAUCCCCGAGGCCUACGAGUCCUUGAUUUUGGACGCCUUCAAGGGCGACCACUCCAACUUCGUCCGUGAUGAUGAGUUGGAUGCCAGCUGGCGCAUGUUCAGUCCCCUCCUCCACUACUUGGAUGACAACAAGGAGAUCAUCCCUAUGGAGUACCCCUACGGCUCCCGUGGACCCGCUGUCCUUGAUGACUUCACUGCUUCAUACGGCUACAAGUUCAGCGACGCCGCUGGCUACCAGUGGCCAGUCACUACCUCGGCCCCCAACCGGCUGUAG